GUUGUGUUGUGAAAGGAAAGAAGGUGUUGCGGUGGCCAACCUCCAUUUUGACCGCGCAUCCGCAUCUCGAUUUGCCGCCUUAUCAGCUUGCUCCCGCUUCCUAUUGUCCCUAUUCAAUAUCGGCUCUGUGUAGGCGUGUCGCAUAAGAAAACGGGUCCUGCAUCGCCAUUUGAUUUGGGUCAUCGGUUUGCCGAAUGGCAAUCUCGACACUCCAGACACAUUGCUUGACGCUCUGCAGCCCAAGAAUUGCAUAGCCAGCAACAAGUCGCAUGACAGAAGCAGGAUCUCUUGAUUGACGGGAAGCCAAUAUUUUACCUUAACUUCAUCUUCACCUUUCGGACCCGCGUUGGACACGCGCAGAUUAGACAUUGAAAGUCCUGGCGUGCGUCACGACCAGCGUCGUGGUCACACACCAUGGCUUCCAAGAGGAAGGCCUCUGCGAUGGCAUCGGCCGCGCCUGAAGAGCCAGUCGAUCCGGCCGAUGAAUUGAUGUUUCUCUGCCUGGGCGGCGGCAACGAAGUUGGCCGGUCUUGUCACAUCAUCCAAUACAAGGGGAAGACCGUCAUGCUUGAUGCCGGUCAGCACCCAGCAUACGAUGGGCUCGCAGCCCUCCCGUUCUUCGAUGACUUUGAUCUCAGCACUGUGGAUGUGCUUCUCAUCAGCCAUUUCCACAUCGACCAUGCGGCAUCACUACCCUAUGUCCUGGCCAAGACGAACUUUCGCGGCCGCGUCUUCAUGACACAUCCUACCAAAGCCAUCUACAAAUGGCUGAUCCAGGACAGCGUGCGCGUCGGCAACACGUCAUCCAAUCCGACCACGCAGCUCGUCUACACGGAGCAGGACCAUCUCAACACCUUCCCCAUGAUCGAGGCCAUCGACUACCACACCACGCACACCAUCUCCUCCAUCCGCAUCACCCCUUACCCGGCCGGCCAUGUCCUCGGUGCCGCCAUGUUCCUGAUCGAAAUCGCGGGCCUCAACAUCCUCUUCACGGGCGACUACUCGCGGGAGCAGGACCGGCAUCUGGUGUCUGCCGAAGUGCCGAAGGGGGUCCGGGUCGACGUGCUCAUCACCGAGUCCACCUACGGCAUUGCCUCGCAUGUGCCGCGGGUCGAGAGGGAGCAGGCGCUGAUGAAGUCGAUCACGGGGAUCCUCAACCGCGGCGGCCGGGUACUCAUGCCCGUCUUCGCGCUGGGGCGCGCCCAGGAGCUGCUGCUCAUCCUCGACGAGUACUGGGCCAAGCACAAGGAGUACCAGAAGUACCCCAUCUACUACGCCAGCAACCUGGCCCGCAAGUGCAUGCUGGUCUACCAGACCUACGUCGGCGCCAUGAACGACAACAUCAAGCGGCUCUUCCGGGAGCGCAUGGCCGAGGCCGAGGCAUCCGGGGACGCCGCCGGCAAGGGCGGGCCGUGGGAUUUCAAGUUCAUCCGCUCGCUCAAGAGCAUCGACCGCUUUGAGGAUGUCGGCGGCUGUGUGAUGCUCGCCAGCCCCGGUAUGCUGCAGAACGGCGUGAGCCGCGAGCUGCUCGAGCGGUGGGCGCCGAGCGAGAAGAACGGCGUCAUCAUUACCGGCUACAGUGUCGAGGGCACCAUGGCCAAGCAGAUCAUGCAGGAGCCGGAGCAGAUCCAGGCCGUCAUGACCCGGAGCUCCGCCGGAGGGAGGCGGGCCCCUGGCGGCGAUGCCGAGAAGGUCAUGAUCCCUCGCCGCUGUACCGUCCAGGAGUUCUCGUUUGCCGCCCACGUUGACGGCACCGAGAACAGGGAGUUCAUCGAGGAGGUUGCCGCGCCGGUGGUGAUCCUGGUGCACGGCGAGGUGCACAACAUGAUGCGCCUCAAGUCCAAGCUGCUGUCGCUGAACGCGAACAAGACCAACAAGGUCAAGGUCUACAGCCCCCGGAACUGCGAGGAGCUUCGCAUCCCCUUCAAGACCGACAAGACAGCCAAGGUGGUCGGCAAGCUGGCCUCGAUCCCGCACCCGAUGAAAACGGCCCGGGAAGACAGCACGCAGGAGCCGCAGCUCAUCACGGGCGUGCUGGUCCAGAACGACUUCAAGAUGUCGCUGAUGGCGCCCGAGGACCUGCGCGAAUACGCCGGCCUCACCACGACCACCAUCACCUGCAAGCAGCGCCUGCGGCUGAGUGCAGCGGGCAUCGAACUCAUCAAGUGGGGCCUCGAGGGCACCUUUGGCAGCAUCGAGGUACUGCUCGAGGGCAAGCCGCGCCGCGGGAUUGGCGCGAACGGCGAGAGCGGCGACGAGAAGAGCAACGGGAAGAUGGAGGAGGACGUGGACGAGGAGUUCCCGAUCGACGAGGUCGUCGCCGCCUACCUGGUCAUGGGCUGCGUGACCGUCCGGUACCGCGCCAGUGGCGAGGUCGAGCUCGAGUGGGAGGGCAACAUGCUUAACGACGGCAUCGCUGACGCCGUCAUGGCCGUGCUCCUGGGGAUUGAAAGCAGUCCCGCGGCGGUGAAGCGCUCCGGAAAUAAACAUUCCCAUUCCCACUCCCACGCGGACUCCGACAUGCUAACCCUCCCUCACCGCAAUCUCCACGCCAACCUCACCCCGACCGACCGCCUCGAGCGCCUGAUGCUGUUCCUGGAAGCCCAGUUCGGCGCCGACAAUGUCUCGCCCAUCGCCGAGCCCAAACUGCCCCCCCAUCAUCACACCCUUUCUUCACUUCCUCCUCCAAAACCCUCCCCGGCCCCCUCCCCGUCGCCCUCCUCCGAGAACGGGGGCGCGUCCAUGGACGUGUCAGAGGAUGAUGAGCAAGCCAACAACCGCAAGGAGAAGGAGGAAGAAGGAGAAGAAGAAGAGGAGGAGGAGGAGGAGAGGAGGAGGAGGAGGUUGCUUAUGAUGAAGGAGCGCGAGCUGGCGCGGCUGCAUAAGCAGGGCAUUCCCGUGCCAGGGGUGCACAUCAAGGUGGACAAGAUGGAGGCGAACGUGUGGUUGGAAGGGCUGGAGGUCGAGUGCGGGAACAAGGUGUUUGCCGAUCGGGUGAGGGCCGUGGUGGAACGGGCCGUGGAGGUUACGGCGCCGCUGUGGGGGUAAGACAAAACGCUUAUUCCAACUUAGAAAAAGACGAGGAGUUUGUGUUGGGGAUUGGGGGGCGGAGGAGGGUGCGAUGAAGGGAAAGAUGAAGAUCGAUACAGAUGGUGAAUUAGGGGGAGGGUGGA